UCAAAAUCAUGCGCGCCAGACCGUGCCCCAUGUCGUGCGAUUGAGUUUUGUAAUAGAAUUCUAAUCAUUGAGAAGAUGGUAUGGCUAACCAGCAAACCGGCGUCAACGAGAACGGAUCCGGCCGUCGUUGCGGCCUGGUCAGUGCCGAUUCUCGGCCUUCUUAGCGUACGCAUCAUCGAGGCCGGCGUGAGCCGUUUUGCCAGCAUCGCCGUGGCCGUGACGGCGGCUGGCAUGCUUCUCAACUACAAAUCAGUCGACCGGUGGUUUUGGAGGUGGUGCAUCGGCGACGACAGCGAGGAGCUCCACGCGAUGCGCCGUGCGAGACAGGAGGCACGCCAAGUCUCCGCACAGUUGAUUCUCUGCGCAGUCCUGAUCUGCGGCUCCCUCUUCCACCUCUCUCGGCGUGACGUGCAUGGGACGGCGGUCCCGCUGGUGAUCACCGCUCUUUACUUGCUGCUCGGUCCCGUCCGGGUGAAGUACCUAGUCUACUUCAUCAACGGCUUCGCCUUCAUCUUCUUCUCGUGGCAGCGCGGCGGCGGCGACGAGGCCUUCCUCUGGUCGCCGGUGCUGAUCCUGCCGCUCUGGAACCUGAUGACGAUCCCACGGGUGAGCACGCACGUGGCGCUGGAGCUGUGGCGACUGGCGGCUGUCCUCCGCUUUUGCACGGUGCCAGAGCUGCGGCUGGCUACCUCCUCGCUCUGCGUGCUCAUCUUCACGGCCCGCGUGCUCGAGGCGAACUACGACCUCAGCCUGAUCGUCGGCUGCCGCGCCGAGCGCCGCAUCGCCGAGUGCGUCAACGCCGAGCGCAAGCAGCUCAUCGGCGUGCUGAGCCACGAGAUGCGCAACCGGCUGGACGUGCUCACCAACCUCAUCGCCGCCUCCGCCGCCCUCGAGGGCGAGGAGCAGGCGAGAGGCGGCGGCGGAGGCGGCGGAGGCGGAGGCGGCGGUGGCAGAGGCAGAGGCGGCGGAGCGGCGGAGGGUGCCGCCCCCUCCUCCGCACCCGCAAUGAAGAAGGCGCCCUCCUCCUCCACGCUCGCGGCCCUCGCUUCGACGACGCUGGUCCACCAGAGCGUCUUGAUGCAGAACAGCGUCGCGGUCGUGCUGGACUUGCUCGACAUCGAGACCCCGAGGAGGCCGAGCCUCUCCCGCGCCUCCUCCUCCCAGCAGCUGGCCGACUUGCUCUCGGAGCCCCUCCCGCCGGCGCCGCGCUGCAUGCCCCCGCCGUCGCUCGAGCGGACCCACCUCGGCCUCGUGAUUCACUCCGCCAAGCAGCUCAGCCUGGAGGCGCUCUCGCACAUCUCCACCAUCAACCUCGCCACCCCCUUCAGCGUCGAGGUCGACCAGGCCCUCCUGCAGUCCGAGGUCCUCACGCACCGCUUGCGGCUGCACUGGAUCCUCCGCCACCUGAUCGCGAACGCGUACGGCGGCUGCGGCAGCCGGCCGGGCGCGAGCAUCCACGUGCGGGCGCGCAUGCUCGUCCCCUCCGAGGCAGCCGCCGCCCUCGCCGGCGGCGGGCCAGAGAGCGCCGCUCCCGGCCGCCCCGAGGCCGCCACUCCGGGCGCCUCUCCGGACGGCGAGGCGGACGGCUGCGACUUGGAGGCGGGGGUGGGGUCCGCCCUCGCGAUCGAGGUGGUCAACGAGGGCGUGGCGCAUGAGCAGGCGGCGCUCGACCGCGCGCUCCACUCGCACCGGCAGGCGGCCGACUCGCACACGAGAAGAUGGGGCGGGCACGGGCUCGGCUUGCGGCACGUGGCGGCGAUGCUGCGCCUGCUCGGCUGCCCGCCGCUGCAGCUGACGGCGCGAGGCGACGUCGUGACCGCUCGCAUCGUGGUCUCGUGCUGGCCGAGCGCCGACGCGGAGCCGCCCGCCGCCGCCGGUGCGGGUGCGGCGGCGGGGGUGGCGCCCCCGGCGACGCUGCGGAACGUGCUGGUGGUCGACGACGAGGAGUUUGUGCGCGCCGUCACCGUGUGCGCGCUCGAGGCGGAGUCGCCCGGUUGCGAGGUCGUCACCGCCGAGAAUGGCGAGCAGGGCAUCGCCGUCUACCUCGAGCGGAGGCACGAGGAGCCGCCCCAGUUCGACCUCAUCCUGAUGGACAUCCAGAUGCCCGUGCUGACGGGCGACUUGGCGGUCAAGCAGCUGCGCACCCUCGAGCGGCAGCACGGCUGGCCGCAGACCUGCAUCCUCGCGCGCUCGGCAAACACAGCCGACGCGGACCAGGACUACUACCGCCGCUGCGGCAUGGACGGCUGCAUCCCAAAGUGCGGCAACGUCGCGAAACAGGUGCUCGACGCGCUCUUGAUCAAGCGGCAGCGGCCAGAUGCGUUUGUCAGGGCAGACCGCUUGCCCGACCACUAGCGGGCACUCUCUAGCUCGAGGUCCUUGCCCACUUACUUACGUAGUUCAUCGAGGGAUUUACGUUGCCUUGUUGACUAGCUAUUCUCACGAGACAAAAACCUCGC